ACUGAAGCUUUAUUUUUACAGUUGUGUGUGUGUACAGUGAGUGUCAGUCUUCUGGCAUCACACGCGAUACGACGACAUUGAGGCCAGUAGAGAGAGAGCAUACACACUAGACACUCUACUACUUACCAGUUACCAGUGUACUCAGUUGAGUUUAGUCUGCUGAGGAGUUUCACGAGCCAACCAAAGCUCUGAGCCAGUUAGGAGCGCGCUUUCGUACUGAACGGACGUGUCAAAGUUCCCGCGCACUUUAAAUAUUUAAAUUAUUUUUAUUGUUAAAACUCUACUGUCAGCAUCUUUGUGGAAUUUUACUUAAUAAUUAAUAAUAAUUGUUUAUUAUUAUUUAUUAAUUUUAAAUAAUUAAAUAUUAUUUUUUAAUUUUAAAAUUUAAAAAAAAAGUGUCUUGGAUUUUAAAUUUUUUGGACUACGGCUUGGAUCGUAUCGCCAGUGAUACAACGAAGUUUUGUUUAAGUGAUUUAUUUAUUUAUUCUGGACUGAUUUUUUGAAUAUUUUUUAAACAAAAUAAUUUUUGAAUAAUCGCUAGUACGGAGUAGACAAAGUGGAUCUCGGUAUUAGCGCGAACUCGCGCUCAGCACAACAAUUAACAAUUGAUGUUAUAAGAAGACGAAUUAUGGUGGCAGAGUUCAUUGCUCGCCAGAGUGGAUCGCCCAUAAACGGUGAAACCGCUUGCCUUAACAGCAACAUGCCAGCAAGUCACACAAUGGCCCAUCCAGGACAGGGAUCGCACGGUGGACAUGAUGCCCAUGGUCCGAUGCCGCCUCUCACCCACCCGGGGCAUCACGUUGGCCAGAUCCAUCAUCAACAGUUAUCGCAGCAUCCUUCCCACCAGCAGCAGUCCCAGCAACAGCAGCAACAGCAACAGCAGCAGGUCUCCCAGCAUCCUUCCCACCAGCAACAGCAGCAGCAGCAACAGGCGCAGCAGGAUCAGCAUCAUCAUGAUCAACAGGUGAUACAUCCCGAGAAUUAUUCCCCGAAUUUUGACAUCAGAAAGGAACUAUUCUCACAGCGCAAGCAAAGGGAGUUCAUUCCUGACAACAAGAAGGAUGACAGCUACUGGGACCGACGCAGACGCAACAAUGAGGCCGCCAAACGUUCAAGGGAGAAGCGACGUUUCAAUGACAUGGUACUGGAACAACGUGUCAUGGAGCUCAGCAAGGAGAAUCAUAUCCUCAAGUCACAAUUAGAGGCCAUUAGGGACAAAUACGGUAUCUGUGGUGAGACUGUCAUCAGCACUGAGCAUGUCUUGGCAGCAUUACCAUCAGAACCAACGUUAAGUGUAAAAAGAGCUAAAUUACCACCAUCAGCAGCCCUACUCUAUGCCAGAUCACCGAGUCCUGUCCAUACGUCUGUAAUUCAUCAACCAGUAAGUGGCACCAGAUCACCUAGAUCUCCAGCACAGCUCUAUGUCCCAGAGACUAGUGCGUAUCCCGAAACCGAAAGCUUCCAAUAUCCUUACCCACAUCCAGCAAUUCACUUUGAUACAACUAGCGCUCUUAAUUUAUCAUCAAGAGGCAGACGUGCUCAAUCCCCAUUUGAAUUGUCAUCCGGCAGUGGCGACGAGGGUGCAACGAUCGUUGUAUCACACAACCCCGCGGCAAACAAUUGUUUGCCACACAAACUUAGGCAUAAGUCACGCAUUGGCGACAAAGAUGCUGCCAGCGCCCUCUUAGCGCUUCACGGCAUAAAACAGGAACCCGGUCCCAGGGCAUCCCCGCCUUGGGACAACGAGGGCUCCAGCGACGAACGUGAUUCAGGUAUUUCAUUAGGUGCUGAAUGGAAUGCCCCGAGCAGUAUUUCGGCGGUACCCGAAACAGAAACCGAAGUCAAGUCAAGGCUAGACAGACUAGCGUCCGAAGUGGCAUCGCUCCAGUCAAUUUUACGUCUCGGUAAAGCAAAUGGCGACUCCCAUCUCGUUACACCUCAAAUUGUUACCAACCACUCGAGUAGUACCAACAUCACCAGCAGCACUGGUCCAUCUGGGUUGCAAUGAAAAUCCAGAUGUCGCUGAUUGUCGUGCCAAGAUUUGUGCUUCGUGUUAUAGAUUUUUUAAAAAUUUUUUGAUUAAUUAAAAAAAACUUUAAUGAUUUAUCAAUAAACCGCCUGAUAUUUUUUAAGACAAUUUUUAUUAUCUGGUUUAUCAUUACAUUUUUUUUUAUUUAAGGAAUUUAUGAACAAUUAUUUUUACAGCAGUGCUGGAAAUUAAUUUUUUUUAACGUUAUGCUGUAAUUAUUAUUAUUGAAUAUUUUAAGCACUGUAAUGGCUGUUUUAAUUGUCGCGAUCAUUACGCAUUAAAUGAUCACGCGACAUUUGCAUCUGAUAAGUAAAUUAUAUUGUAGAUUUUAGCAAUUAUUAUUUUAUUAUUUUUAUUCUUAUUUUUAAUUUCAAAAAUGUUAUUAUUAUUAUUAUUAUUAUUAUUAUUAUUAUUAUUAUUAUUUUCUCAUUAUUAUUAUUAUUUUAUUGCUAUUACUAUUAUUUUAUUAUUAAUUAAUUAAUAAUUAUAAUUAAUAAUAUUAAUGUGUUAUUAAAUAAAUUAAUAACGCGAAUUUGGUAAAAAAAAAAUUCGCGCAACCGGCUCUCAUUACCGCCAAUAAUUUAAAGCGAGUUAAAAAAAAAAUUAAUUGUGUAAAAUAAUGAUAAUAAGAACAAAAUGUAACUCGCAAACCAAAUUUUAUUAUUUUUUUAAAAUUAUUUUUAUUUCAUAUCUCCGUGAUGUAAAUAUAUAUUAAGUAUAUUGUGAAUAAAUAUAUAUUUUAAUUACUAUUUCUCAUUGAUAAUACCGAUAAUUAUUAAUAUUUUUCG